AGGAGGGGUGGGGGAGGAAGCGAGAGCGAGGGAGAGAGAACGGUGUUUUAUCAGCCAAGUGCAGCCUGAAUCGUGAGGAGCGGACGAUGGGGGGAAAAAUCCGUCUCCUGUUUCCUUUCCUCCAACACCCACCUCAUUAAGAUGUAGACCGGUGCGCGUCCAGAAACCCGGAGCUUGCUGGUCACAGGAGAAUAUCAUCCUUACAACAGUGCUUAGAAAUAAACUAAACACAUUUUGGAUUUACGGCGCACUUGUUCCGGACUAAUAGGGGGUUCCUUCAUUUCUUUCCACGCGUGUGAAUGUGUUGGACCGCAUCUGAGCUGAGUUUUUACCUCUGGAGUGAGGAGUGCACCCGUUUGAUUUCCAAACCCUGGAGCGUGCGGAUUCUCUUUCCUAUGAAGCUUUUGGGACUGGACCUUAUCCUAACGGGACGUAACGCAAAGAGGAAUAUAGUGAGGCAAGAAAAAGCGCAACGAAUUGGAUUCUUCUUUAACGCAAAUCUUGGAGCUUCAUGGAUCCAGCUGCAAUACACAGGACAGACUUCACUCUACAUAAUCAAACCUUAAACCACUGCACUACUGCUUCUACAACUCAGAAUGAUGGACACUUCAGUGAAUGGCGGCUCCACCCCUUGAGAACUGAUGUUUGAAACUGAUGUUUGAAAAUGAGAGUGUCCAUCUUUUUUUCGAAGGACACUGACAGGACCUUUUUGUGGAGUGUUUUCCAUCUAUUGAGGAAUAUUUCUCAGAUGUGCAGGGAGAAAAUUAAUAGCUGCUACCUCUCAUGUGGAUGGUUGGAGCUCACUGGUUUUUAAAAUUGUUAGCAUUUGCAACCAUCAUCUGCUCAAGAGUUGCCCUGGCUUUUGUUUGUGUUUGCAUCCGCAUGGCAUAAGUGAGAGAUAGAGCAAACUGAACAUUUAUUUAGUAAGGAUAAAAAAUAAGCCGAGAACUGGCAAUCAUGUCUCCAUGGAUGCACCAUUCAGAAACUUGGAGUACUCUCUUUAUGACUGCAAGGAGCAGGGGAAGGAGGAUGAGAUAUCAACAACUCAGAAUUUCAUUGGGCAUGGGCUGUUGGGUGUUCUCACUAACAUGGCUUGGAUUGUUGCUUCUGCUGUGUCCGGUUUCUGUGUUGGCUGAGAAACUUGAUGAAAAUGACCCAGUGGUCACAACCGCCUACGGCAGGCUGCGCGGCAUCAAGAAGGAGCUCAACAAUGAGAUCCUUGGACCCGUUGUACAAUUUCUUGGUGUCCCAUAUGCCUCCCCGCCCACUGGCGAGCGCCGCUUCCAGCCUCCAGAGCCGCCAGCGUCAUGGCCAGAAAUCCGCAAUGCCACACACUUUGCCCCGGUGUGUCCUCAGAGCAUUGUGGAAGGCCGCCUGCCGGAUGUUAUGCUGCCAGUUUGGUUUACCAACAGCAUCGAUGUGGUGUCCACCUACGUUCAGGACCAGAGUGAGGACUGCCUUUAUCUCAACAUCUACGUACCCACUGAAGAUGUCAAAAGAAUAUCCAAGGAAUGUGCCAGGAAACCCGGCAAGAAAAUAUGUAAACAAGGAGGUCCCCUUACAAAGAAACACACUGAUGAUUUAAGUGAUAGUGACCGCACGGACGAUGAAGACAUUAGGGAGAGUGGAAGCCCCAAGCCGGUGAUGGUUUUUAUCCAUGGGGGUUCUUACAUGGAAGGAACUGGAAAUAUGUUUGACGGCAGCAUCCUUGCCAGCUAUGGGAACGUGAUCGUCAUUACGGUCAACUACCGCCUGGGCGUCCUAGGGUUCCUGAGCACUGGUGACCAAGCAGCAAAAGGGAACUAUGGUUUGUUGGAUCAGAUCCAGGCUCUGCGUUGGACCAGUGAAAACAUAGCGGCCUUCGGUGGUGACCCGUUACGCAUCACUGUGUUUGGCUCGGGCGCUGGAGCAUCAUGUGUGAAUCUUCUCACUCUGUCUCACUACUCAGAGGGCAACCGCUGGAGCAACUCCACCAAAGGUCUGUUCCAGAGAGCCAUUGCCCAGAGUGGGACAGCUCUAUCCAGCUGGGCUGUCAGUUUCCAGCCAGCCAAGUAUGCGCGGAUGCUGGCGCGUAAGGUGGGCUGUAAUUUGGAGGACACAGUGGAGCUUGUGGUGUGUCUGCAGAGAAAACAUUACAAGGAGCUUGUAGAUCAAGACAUCCAGCCAGCCCGCUAUCACAUUGCCUUUGGCCCGGUCAUUGAUGGAGAUGUUAUACCUGAUGACCCUCAGAUACUGAUGGAGCAAGGUGAGUUUCUCAACUAUGACAUAAUGCUGGGAGUGAACCAGGGUGAGGGCCUGAAGUUUGUGGAGCUCAUCGUUGACAAUGAAAAUGGUGUCCAGGCCAAUGACUUUGACUAUGCAGUGUCCAGCUUUGUUGAUGAUCUCUAUGGUUACCCAGAGGGUAAAGACAUUCUUCGAGAGACCAUCAAAUUUAUGUACACUGACUGGGCAGACAGACAUAACCCAGAGACCCGGCGGAAGACGUUACUUGCCCUUUUCACUGAUCAUCAGUGGGUGGCACCAGCUGUAGCAACAGCUGAUCUACACUCUAGUUUUGGUUCUCCAACUUACUUUUAUGCCUUCUACCACCACUGUCAGACAGAGCAGGUACCACCGUGGGCAGACGCGGCACAUGGAGAUGAGAUACCAUAUGUGUUUGGGUUGCCGAUGAUUGGGCCGACAGAGCUGUUUCCAUGCAACUUCUCCAAGAAUGAUGUGAUGCUGAGUGCUGUUGUCAUGACUUACUGGACAAACUUUGCCAAGACUGGGGACCCGAACCAACCUGUACCCCAGGACACCAAGUUCAUCCACACAAAGCCCAAUCGUUUUGAGGAAGUGGCAUGGACACGUUACAACCAGAAAGACCAGCUCUACCUUCACAUCGGCCUGAAGCCUCGGGUCAAAGAGCAUUAUCGAGCAAACAAGGUCAACCUAUGGCUGGAGUUGGUCCCUCAUCUACACAGCCUCAAUGAGGUCACCCCACUCAUCCCUACCACUACCAAGAUUCCUCCACCAGAGGUCACCAACCGUACACCAAAGACAAACGUUCUGGUAAAUAAGCGACCAAACCCGACUCCGUACCCCACCGAGAUGCAGGACAGCCACAAUCAACCUCACCUGGUGGACCAGCGGGACUACUCUACAGAGCUUUCGGUGACUAUUGCGGUUGGAGCUUCUCUGCUUUUCCUCAACAUUCUGGCCUUUGCUGCUCUUUACUAUAAAAAGGACAAGCGACGGCAUGACGUCCACAGGCGCUGCAGCCCCCAGCGGAGUGCUGCGAAUGACCUGGCUCACACUCAGGAGGAAGAAAUCAUGUCCUUGCAGAUGAAGCAGCACUCAGACCUGGACAGAGACUGCAGAGGGGUGGGGGACUCCCUUCACCCGCAUGAUGUGGUCCUGAGAACUGCCUGCCCACCAGACUACACCUUGGCUAUGAGGCGCUCACCAGACGACAUCCCGCUCAUGACACCAAACACCAUAACCAUGAUCCCCAGCACCCUGGGGGGGCUCACCUCACUCCACUCUUUUAACACAUAUCCCAGCAGUGGGCAGAACAACACCCUGCCUCAUCCGCACCCACACUCACAUUCCACCACCCGGGUAUAGCCCAGUGGAUGGACCCGUGCAGGCAGCACUCUGACGGCUAAGGCACAAAGCUAACUGCACUGCUGCUGCAGAGAGUCGAGGCCGACCUGCUGAUUAACACAGAGAUUUCAGGAAGUAAAUUGCUGGCCCGGAGUUGCCAACCACCAAUGGAAUUACACUGGGAUUAUACCACAUCCUGUUGAUACCUGAGGAAAUAUAAUAAAGGGUUUCAGACGCUUUGGACCAGAGGAUCAAAAAAAUAAUAAUAUUAGUAAUUAUGUUUUUUUGUACAAAAUAAUGGAAAGACACAAAGAAAAAAAAAACACAAAAAGUUGGGGCAGAACAAACGUCUCACAGGCUUAAACAUUGAGAAAGAUGUUUUUUAUCAUUAUUUUUGUUCUGGUACUGAAGCAACACAAGGAACAGUAAAACACUUUUUCUCUCUAGCGACAGUUAUGGCCUUCGGGAUUUUUUGACAAACGACUGCUUGACAGUAUUAUCUAGAAGCAGCGCGGAGCAUCAGACACGCCUUGGAGGUGAGAAGAGGGGAGCACUUUGUAAAGGAAAGAAAACAUAUUGUUUUCCUUUGGCAUUCCUCUGCAGAACACUGGUUGCAGGGCACAAGGCAGAUGCCGUGCAAACCAAUCGAGGCAUGUCUGAACAUCGUAAAUGGAGGCUAUGUAAGAUAAGCCAAAAGCAUUUGCCGAAGGAGUAAAGCAAGGAAAGAAAACUUCAAGAAAAGAGACCCUGUAUGCACAACAGAACCAUUUUGAGGGGAAAAAAAUCUUGCAAAUACUUUUCAUCCUUUUAUUUUUGAUUGAAACAAUUUUAUUGUAUAGGACCUAUUUACAUAUCUAAGCACCAAGGCUGUUUAAGCCCACUUCUCUUGGGCAGGGUGUUCAUACUGCAACCUGCCACUAGGACCGGGGAUGUAGGAAAUGAGGACGCGCCAACCGACCUUCUGACAGUUCCAACUUUAACACAGAGAGCUGGGGGACAAAGGAUAAUUGGGAUAUUUUAGCACGAUGCGCAUGACAAUUUACCUGCUUGAUGGCUGCUCUGCUGAUUAUGUCAUUAAUAAGAAUAAUUUUCACCCUGUUCUUUGCGUUGGAAAGAUUCAAGACAUACCUCCCUAUUGGAUUACUAGAAAACACAUGCUCUCACGGAACCUUGGGAAAUGCAGUCCUUUUUGCGGAUGUCAGUGGAUGGAUUUAGAUUGGGUUAGGAAUAUGGUAAAGUUUUCAUGCAUUACAUAAUAUAGCUUGAAUGGGCUGGACAUAAAUGGACUAAUUUUGUACUCUGUGUGUUGGUACUACUUUUUGAUAGUGGUUAAAUCAGAUUACAUUGUAUCAAUCAAACCCAUUGUACCUUCAGUUGAAAUCAAUGUUCUUUGCUGUUCUACCUAUUGGAGCACUGGACCGUAUCAAGGUAAUUAUCUGCACUGUUUAUUCCAUUGACCUCCUGUUCCCCUUUUUCUUUUUCCAAAAAAUUGGAGGCGUGUUAAAAAAAAAGUAACACAGUGGCACAGAACUGGGUAGUAAAAUGGAGGGUGAAAUAAGUGAAAAAUUUAGCGAAGGAUUCCAUCUCCAGGCGAUGUAGAUUUGCUAAUGAUUUAUCCAACAGAGCUCUGAACUCCAGAGCUACUUAAACAUGAAUGCCUAUAGAUGUUUAAUUCAAGAUAAAUGUCAGACAGAUCACACCGGGUGGGAGUCUGCAGAAAUGCACAGUAGGAGGAUGUGAGGAAGAACGAGGAUCAGGUUAGGUCAUUCCCAUGAUUCACUUUUUAUGCCGCUUUUAUCAUUAGCCAAGUUGAAAGAAGUUAGGUGGUACUUUAUUUUGGAAAAACAUUGAUGUGUUUGUCUGUAAACUAGGAUGAUCAAAAGCAAAACGUCUUACCUCUAUAACAAAAAAAUCUGUCUGCUCACAGUGCUGUCUCCAAAUCUCUGUCACGGUGUCAAAGCAAAUGAGCAGAUUUGUCAAAGAAAUAUUGCAAAAGGUACUGCCUCGCUUAAAAGGGUAGUUCAAGGUUUUUGAUAUGAGAUUCUGCUAAAAGGUUAUAAGCAGCUAAUAGUUAAUUUGCAGCACAUAAAUCUCUCCUUCUUAAUUAAGUAUGAAGCAAUAUGAAGUUUGUCCCUGAGGCUGAAGCUGAUGACUGGUCCAAAAGGGGCCAAGUCCAAAUUGGACAUCUACUGUCUUAAAGUACAAUUUAAUCUUGAACAUCUCAUAGCAGCUCAAGGAUUAAGUCAGCUUUUAAAAUAGUGUCAUCUUUUCACUUAAUGUUUAUGUACACAGAAGCCUCUGAUUAUUUACACGGGGAAUUGAGGAAGGAGUAGUUGUGCAACCAAUGGCCAUGCUAUGUGAAAUGUACUGAGCGCGAAACAUUUAAAGUGUUCCCUGUCAGAGUAACAGUCUAAUCCAAAAGUAAGCCAGGGUCAGAACAGAUAAAAUUGCCUAGACUGAAACCAUUGCAGUAUUCUUGCAUUUUACACAGAUUUACACUUUUUUUUGGGUCGAAGUAAAUAAGAGUAGAAGUCUUAAAUACAUAAAUAGGAGUAGAUCUUUGGGCUUGGCCCCUCUCAGACCAGCUGUUACGUUCAUCCUCCUCAACCAGUUAAUCUGGAUUUUUAUGAAAUGAAGACACCAGGAGAGCUACCUAGGGGAAAUAAAAAUUAACAUUUUCUCCAUUCUUCUUGGAAAAAGUGUAAUCUCUUGAAACGUUUUCCUUGCUUUCUUACAUGCACAGAUCUUUCUGUUCACAGAUGUUCCAUUAUAUUUAGCUCUUAUGCUUUCCGUUGGCCCAUCUUGUGGUUACCACUUUGUAUUUUGAGUUGCCAUUAUGAUAAUUGAGGCAACCAUUUAGAAGCAAUGCAUUCUCUAAUCGUAAGAUUUCUUACAAUAGGUUUAAUGUUUGCAAUCAACUUUUUAUGGUUCAAUUGACUAGCUAACUUCCAAUAAAACAAUCUGAGUGAAAACAUUUGUGGUUUCUGUUUGGCUAGGACACCUCCCUGAAGGAAGCCAUUAGCUGAUCUAUGGCAGCCAAUAAAGUCAUGUUCUGUUCUAAGGAUGAUACAAUUGACCCAAUCUUUCUGUGAUUUACGAUGUCACUCUACUAGACAAACUACUGAAGGAGAUAUUACAGCAACUAACUAUUUUUAUUACUUUUGCUACUUGCUCAGAAUUUAAAUGUUAACCUGUGUUUCUUUACUAGAUGAAGCAAUCAUGGAAGCUUUUGCAGCAAUUAACUAUUUACUUUCCUUUAACACAGAAACUAAUCCUGGAUCAGUGCCUCUGAGGUUUUUCUGUAUAUGCUCGUUUGUCUAAAGCCACCAGUCGGUCGCAACAGUUUGCGCGCUGAGCUCGGCUCUGCUAGUUUUUUCUUCCCGUUGAAAUGUCAUUUUCCUUUCCACUGUUGCUGCAUACCUUGUCAGUGUGAAGGGUUACUGCAAAGUUCCGUCAGCUUUCCACUGUAGCUUACACACUCGUUCAUGAUGAGAGAUUGCUAAAAAAGUCAGGCACUCCAUGGAGUCAGCAGGGUUUCCUUCCACUGAAAACUUCUUACCAAUUGGCAAAUUAAAAUGAACUUGACACUGGUGUUUUAUAACUACAGUUGAAAUGUAACAUUUGAAAUUGACUUGAAUAUGUCUACAUGAUUGGAUUGAUUGUUUGUGCCAUGGUGACGCAGUUGGUAGCAUUGUUCCUUUGUACCAUGGUUUGUAUCAUGGUUUGAAUUUUGAACUGGGGGCUUUCUGCAUGGAUUUUGCAUGUUCACUUUUUGCAUGUGUGGAUUCUCUCUGGGUACUCCGGCUUCCUCCCACAGUCCUCUCUAAUUUGCCCUUAAGUUUGAGCGAGUGUGUGAAUAGUUGUUUGUUAUUUGUGUCUUCGCUUUGGAGUCGCCGGAUUAGUUAAAGCGCUAUACAAGUACAAGCCAUUUACCAUUCAUGUUACCCUGAGACAGACUGGCGACCUGCCAAGGGUGCAUCCCACCUCUCGGUCAAUUGCCCUUGGAUAUAGGCUAGAGCCCCUCUAUGACCCAGCAAGGGUUAGAUAAUGGAAGGAAGAAUCUUAGUAUAUUAACUUGGUCUUAUUUUAUUUUAAAGUGCCUUGAGACACAUUUGUUGUAAAUUAGCAUCACACACACAUAAACACACACACAC